CCAUAAUGCAAUAUACAAAAAAAAAAAUUUUUUUUUUUUUUUUGGAUUUACGUGCAAAGUUAGUCAAAAUCUUCCUUUUCCCAAAAUGUUGAGGUUCCAAGUCCGUUGUCUUGGUAAUUACGCUAAUGAGUGUGUUGAAUUUUCGCCAAGUUGGCGAUUUUUCGUUUUCACGAAGUAGCACAGAAGUCGGUGCUACUUCGUGAAAACGGUAUUGAGCGAUUUUUGAGGUUUUGCGGUUUCACGAAGUAGCACCGCAAUCUCGUUCUCAGAGUUUUACUUUACACAAGUACAAGUUAACGCACGAACGCGAUCACAAUAGAAACGACGUUGCAUUCAAAAUGGCGCCACUCCAGUCUUUCCGGGAUGCCGGUUUGGUUGUCAUCGACAACUUAACAUACAGCUUAAACAAUGGGUAAUUUGGAGUGAUGUAUUGAAUCGUGCAUCGGGGAAUUCCAAUAUUAUAUAAGAUGUCAAGAAAACAGCAAUUGGAUCCCCAAACUGAUCUUUUGGUGGAAUGGAAGGAUGGAACUAAAAAUGUGGUCAAGAUACAGGACAUCAUCCUAGUGAGCAGAAAGCUUGAAAAGGGGUGCAAAAUAUCAAUGAAAUGGGGACAGCAGACAUGGGAAGGACGGGUGCUAGAUGUUGAAGGCAACACCGAUAGUGAUGAUGAUUCGGAUUCCGAUAUUCCUCUUGCUCAGCUAAAAGCAAACAACCAAACCAAAGCUCAAGAUACGUAUGGCUCAUCACAGAUGCCUGCAAGAUGUGACGAUUUUUUCUGCAGCGGAGAGGUCUGGGCAGCUUGUAACAAAUGUUUGUGUUUCCUUUGCUAUGACCAUUUUCUAGUAAAUAAGGAUUGUAGUACACAUAAUCUGUAUCAUGGCUUAACACACACAUCAGCUUCCAUAUUACAAACAGAAACACCCUUGUGUGCAUCACCAAGUGGAGUUUAUGGGCAUGGUUUGCAGUAUCAAACUUUAAAUUCAGAGCUUUUUGAUAGUUCAUCUACAUCUUUCACAGAGUUGCUGUUAGCUGGACAUGAUGAGUCUGUAGCCACUCUUCCUUCAUCAUCCAGCUACCCUAGUUCCAGUCGUACUCCUUCAACUUUGUCUGUGGGUGGAUGUGCCCCCUUAGCUGGACAUGACGGUCUUACAUCUCUGUCUUCAAGCAGUGUGCCUGCUACACGACCCCCUCCUUCAACUUUGUCUGUGGGUGGAUGUGCCCCCUUGGCUGGACAUGAGCAUUUAGCUUCUCUUCCUUCGUCGGCCAGCUUGCCUAGUUCACAAGCUUCAUGGUAUGAUGCACACAGUGAACACUAUGAUGUGCAGCCAGAUGAUUUUAGAGUUGAUGGUGAGUCAAGACCACUCUCUCCAAAUGUUGUUAAAACACCCAAAAGCAAAAAUUUGGCAGUUAAGCACAACAGAAACAGAGGAAACGCCUACAUAAUGGAAAAAUCAAACAAAUGUGUACCGUCAAAACAUGGACAAUUAGGAGAGAGUAACUGCUGCUUUUGCAAGUUCCAAGGUCGAGAUUGCCCUAAGAUUUCUACGGAACAACGUCACCAAAUCAGGGAAGCCUAUUACAACAUGGCAGAUUUGCAGAAACAACGUGAGUGGAUAAUAAGACACGUAGUUGUGAACCAGGUUUCAGAUUUAAAGCGCAAUUAUUCCUACUAUCUGCCACAGAUAACCAAGGAGGGCCAGAAAUGGAAGGUAUGUCGUCAGAUGUUUACAAGUACAAUUGGUGUUUCUGUUUGUCAAGUCCGCACUGCUUUGAGUAAGAUUGACCAGUUUGAUGUACUAGAAGGAGAGAAACGUGGUGGACGACAAAUGGUUGAAAAGGACCAAACGAAGAGAGAGCAGGUAAAAGCUCAUAUCAAUAAAUUUCCGCGAAUGGAGUCACAUUACUGUAGGGCCAAUUCAAAAUGCCAGUAUCUUUCACCUGACCUUAACUUUUCAAUAAUGUAUCAGAUGUUUAAGAAAGAUCACCCAAAUGGAGCAUCCAUGACCUUCUAUAAGAAGGUUUUCAAGUCAUUCAACCUGAAAUUUCACCAUGCCAAAAAAGAUAUGUGUGGCUUAUGUGAAACGUUUCACCAUGCAAGUGCUGAACAUAAGAAGGAACUGCAACAGCAAUACGACAGACAUGUGCUGGAGAAAGAAAAAUCUCGUGAAUUGAAAAAUAUUGCCAAAGAAAAAGCCACCAUUGAUAACAAAUACCAUGCUGCUGUCUUUGACCUUCAACAGGUGAUAUACCUGCCAAAGUCUGAUCGUUCGGAGCUUUUCUAUAAGCGUCGACUUUCAUGCUUCAACUUCACAAUAUUUGAGUUAGCAAGUAAAGACGGUUUUUGCUUUGUAUCACAUGAAGGUCGCACAGGACGUGGGUCUUGUGAAAUAGCAUCCUUUCUUCAUCGGUACCUUUCUACAGUUGAUGAACAAGGUUGUGAGACAGUGGAGUUGUAUUCUGACGGCUGCAUUGGGCAAAACAAAAACUCAAUUAUCCCGGCAAUGAUUUUGUAUUUUGUUGAACGUUCAAUAUCUGUUCAGCAAGUAACAUUGAAUUUCUUUUAAACAAACCA